GCUGAGGGCGUGGGCGGGGACAAAUGGCUCACGUGGACCCUGGGCCGCAGCUGUCUUGGGGAGCUUGUAAGCCGCCAGGGCUGCUGUGCUUCGGGUCUGGUCACCAGAUAAGCAGAGUGGUGGGGAGAAAAGAGAGGCAAAAAGCCCUCUCAGGUUUGAGAGAAGUCAUGAGCCGUUUCCUGAAUGUGUUACGAAGCUGGCUGGUUAUGGUGUCCAUCAUAGCCAUGGGGAACACACUGCAGAGCUUCCGAGACCACACGUUUCUCUAUGAAAAACUCUACACCGGCAAGCCAAACCUUGUGAAUGGCCUCCAAGCUCGGACCUUUGGGAUCUGGACGCUGCUCUCAUCAGUGAUCCGCUGCCUCUGUGCCGUAGACAUCCACAACAAGACGCUCUACCAUGUCACACUCUGGACCUUCCUGCUCGCCCUGGGGCACUUCCUCUCUGAGUUGUUUGUAUAUGGGACUGCGGCUCCCACGAUUGGCGUCCUGGCACCCCUGAUGGUAGCAAGUAAGCACCCAGCCGCCCCAGCUCCCCCACGGGAACUGUCUGAGCCCUCGGGUCACGCACAAGGGCCAACAUCCAAGGGGUCAAGAAAGUUCUAUGUUUAUGUCAGCCACUAAUCUUCCCUCUGUGUUUAAGGUUUCUCAAUCCUGGGUAUGCUAGUCGGGCUCCGGUACCUAGAAGCAGAACCCGUAUCCAGACAGAAGAGAAACUGAGGCCAACAUUACUACCCCCAGACAUCAUCUUCCACCUUGGCUGUCCUUUUCCUUUUUCCUCUCUGCUCUUUCAUUUCUUUUAUGCUCCAUCGUCAGCUCCCUUAUCCACUUCUAGCCUUUUACUUUUUUUUGUUUAAGAAUUUUGAAGAUAAGACAUGUAUACAGAAAAGUAUAUAACAUGUAUGUACAAUUUAAAGAACCAUUUAAAAGUGAAUACUCUGUACUCUCAUCCAGAUCAAGAAAUUGCCGGCACCUCCAAAGCCCUCCCUCAGUGUGCCCUUCCCCGGCAGCCUCCUGCUGGAUCCCUUCUCCAGCUUCCUGCUUUUUUCCGUUUAUUUUCAUCCCUUGAUUUGACUCGUGUGGUGGGAACAUGUGAACUGUGAAACAAAGCUGCGGCCUCACCCAGAGCAGCUUCCACCAAGGGCUGCUUCAAGGGGUCGUCCACCCCACUGGGGCUCCUCUCUGCUGCUGGACCCAAGACUCUGAACCAUCCGAGGGACAGGGAGUUCUUCAAAGAAGAGCUCCCCCGUGAGUGAGCAUGACUCAAAAAUCCUUGUAUCUACAGAUUGAUCAGGGUUGGAAGAGUCUGGGCUGUUUUUAGACCUUCUGGUCAGCUGUAUUUGUGUAACAAAUUUUGUAAUAAAUAGAAAAACCCUCUGCUCUGA